CCACCACACCAUCAUCCUUCCGUAGUUGAAAAACUUAGGAUAGAGCGUGUUUGCAACCCUGCGACAGAACCAACCAAUCAUGGAAACUUCCUCGAACUACGGAGCGUUCAUGGAGAGGUUCCUUCUACCCCCAAGUUCCUCACCACCCGGGCAUGCUCCCCUUCCUCUCACUUCACUCACUUUUGCAGUCAAAGACAUAUUUGAUGUUAAAGGGUAUGUGACCGGAUUCGGGAACCCUGAUUGGCUAAGGACUCAUCCUGUGGCUACUUCUACUGCUCCAACUGUUUUGACUCUCCUUAAAGCAGGUGCUGCUUGUGUUGGCAAGACUGUCAUGGAUGAAAUGGCUUACAGCAUAAAUGGAGAGAAUAUACACUAUGGCACGCCUAUAAAUCCUUGUGCCGCAGAUCGGGUUCCCGGAGGAUCUUCUAGCGGCUCUGCUGUUGCCGUCGGUGCAAAACUGGUUGAUUUCUCCUUAGGAACCGACACGGGAGGAAGUGUAAGAGUGCCUGCAUCUUACUGUGGGAUCUUUGGCUUUCGUCCUUCUCAUGGCGCUAUUACAGAAUCUGGAGUUACUCCUAUGGCACAAAGCUUUGAUACUGUGGGAUGGUUUGCUAGGGAUCCAAAGACUUUCACCAGCGUUGGGCGCAUACUUCUACAGCUGACAGAAGUCUCAGCUGUUAGACCUACUCGCAUAAUCAUCGCAGAUGAUUGUUUUCGGCUUUCAAGCACUCCAUUUGAUUUAAUUACACAAGUUGUCACUAAAGCUGCAGAGAAGCUAUAUGGAGGUGAUAUAUUAAAGCACGAAAAUCUCGGCGACUAUGUGAAGGACAAUGUUCCAAGCUUGAACCAUUUCAUGACAAAAGAGAACAUAGACCAAGUAUACAAUAUUCCAUCACUGACAGCACUUUCAAGCGCAAUGAGAUCGCUUCAGAGGUUUGAGUUCAAGAGUAAUCAUGGUGAGUGGAUCAGUGCAGUCAAACCAAAUUUAGGUCCUGGAAUAUCUGAACGUGUAUCAGAAGCCUUAAAUGCAACAGGGGAAGAUGCUGAUAUCUGCCAUGCUAUAAGAAGGGAACUGCGCGAUGCUCUUACUUCUCUUCUUGGGGAUUUUGGUGUUCUCAUGAUCCCAACAGUACCAGGGUCUCCACCAAAGCUACAAACAGAUCCAUCUGAAUUAGAAGUUUUUCGAGCAAGGGCAUUUAGCUUGCUGUCCAUUGCUGGAGUCUCUGGAUUUUGCCAGGUAACCAUACCCUUGGGGAUGAAUAAUAACCUUCCUAUAUCAGUUUCACUGUUGGCCAAACACGGUGCAGACGGAUUCUUGCUUCACCUUGUCGAGAAUCUUUAUGACAGCAUUAAGCAAGAGGAAGCAGCAGCAGUGUCAAAUCCCAAGAAUAUAAGUUAACUACAAUUAAACUACAAGGAUCUCGCUGUACGUUAUAUCAAUAUAUGUCCCAAGUUCCUGACAAAAUAAAUUUAUGCAAGUUUAGAGAGCUUCUAAUCAUAGAACACAUUUUAGUCCCAAUUUGAUGGCUCUUGAUGAAUGGGAUAUGGAAUAUCGAAUUCUCUUUGA